CCGCCAUGGCUGAAUUCCCGUCUAAAGUGAGCACGCGGACCAGCAGCCCGGCGCAGGGAGGCGGCGCCGCGGUUUCGGCGCUGCGCCCAGACCUGGGCUUCGUGCGCUCCAGCCUCGGGGCGCUCAUGCUGCUGCAGUUGUAUUUUACUUGCAUGACACACCUAUGAGGUGACCAGGAGAGGUGUACUUGUCCAACCGCCUCAUGUGUCAGAUGAAGAAACAAACCAGAAAGGUUAGGUGCCUCUUCUAAGACCACACGCCAAAUCUACAAGGGUCUAACUCAGCCCAGGAGGUGGAGAGGAUUAAAAGGAGAGUUGGCGUGACCAUCUUUGGGCGGGAGAGGAGUUAGCCAAGUGCUCAUGGGAUUGGUGGAGUCCCUCCAGUAAGUACAAGGGAGGGAAGGCUGUGGGCCCCCCUGGAGGAGCCCUGUGUUGAGGAGUGUCAGGCCUCAGACUUAGGGGAUCCUUGGAGAACACUGAGCAGACCUCCCUGCUCCCAUUGUACAGGGGGGAAGACUGAGGUCUAAAGGGGUGAAGUGUUCUGCCCAGGGACCCUUAGCCUGUGAGGAGUGGAGGGAGAGUAGCUGCAAGAGGUGUCCUGGGGGGUGGCUGGACUGGGUUCUGCUCCCUACCACCUGCGCACCGCCCUUUCUUUGGAUAAGCCCAGCUGCCUUAUCUGGAAGGUGGGCGGGGCCCCACUGGCUGAGGACCCUUAUCUGCCAGGAACUGUGCCUGGUGCUUAUUAGAUGCAUUAUUUUUCCAAGGCCUCACACCCCUAGGAACUGCACACACUAUUACUACUACAGGAAACCAGCCACAGAGAAUGGAUCGGGAAACCCAUGUUCUAACCUCUCAGAGUGAUAACAUUAGAGCACGGAGAGUGUUAAGCCUAUGUUGGGCAUUGGUCUAAUUAAAUCAGAUCAUAACAGCCAUUCGCAGACUCAAAGAGUAGCUAAGAAAGAUGUAUUCGUUUCCUACAGCUGCCAUAACAAAAUGCCACAAACUAGGUCGCCUAAAAAACAUAACAAGGGGCUUCCCUGGUGGCGCAGUGGUUGAGAGUCCGCUUGCCGAUGCAGGGGACACGGGUUCGUGCCCUGGUCUGGGAAGAUCCCACAUGCUGCGAAGCGGCUGGGCCCGUGAGCCUGUGCUUUGCAACGGGAGAGGCCACAACAGUGAGAGGCCCACGUACCGCAAAAAAAAAAAACACACAAAAAAAUCCCCACCAAAAAACAGAGGGACUUCCUUGGCGGUCCAGUGGUUAAAGACUCCAUGCUUCCACUGCAGGGGGGCAUGGGUUUGAUCUCAUGUAAGAUCCCACAUGCCACGUGGUGUGGCUAAAAAUAAAACAAGAAUUUAUUGUCUCACAGUAUUAGAAGUUCGGCAAGGUUGGUUCCUUCUGGAGGCUCUGAAGGAGAGUCUGUUCCAUGCCUCUCUCCUAGCUUCUGGUGGUUGCCAGCAAUCCUUUGUGUUCCUUGGCUUGGAGACACGUCACUCUAAUCUCUGCCUCCAUCUUCACAUGGUGUUCUCCCUCUGUGUCUCUUUGUCCAGUUUCCCUCUUAUAAGAACUCCAGUCCCUGGAUUGGGGCCCACCCUAACUGAGGAAUGCCUCUUGGUCAGGCAUUUGUGACUAAUCCCUCUCCUCUCUGGCCCUGCAGUUGCUUUUAACAAAAAUAUCUCUGUUAUCCAGUCGUUGAGAAAUUUUUGUUUGGAGGUGCAAAGGUCCUGGGGCAUGUGUGAAUGAGACCUUUUUUUUUCUUAUAUUUCUUGAAUGUGACCUUUUUGACAGCCAUCAAAGGAGAAAACCCCUAAUCAGAAAUCUUUAGGUUUUCAGGAAGACAGGGUUUGUUUGUUUUUUUCCUUCAAGAUUUCCAGACCUUUCUCUUUGUUUAUCUGCAGUGCAUGCCUGAGGAGGUGUUGCUGGGGCCUCAGAGAGUUUGGAAGGACCAAGGGGAUGAGGUUUGGUUCUGUGUAUGUAUGUGUAUUUGUGUGUGUCUGUCUUUAAGAGUAAGACACACAGAUAUAUGUGUAGACCCCCAUGGAGAAACAUGGGGACAGAUGAACACGUAGGCAAGAGACAGGGACCCCCAGAGGUAAAGGCACAGAGUUCUGUUCUUCGCCACAUGGCUCCCUCCCUUCACCUCUCGCAUGCUCACAUGUCCUAGUGAGAUCUUUCUUGGCCUUCUUAUCCUUCUCAGCUGGAUUUUCCCCCACAGCACAUAUCCUGCGUUUCCCUCAUGUAUUGGGUUUUUAUCUGCUACCCGCCCCGCUGUCCCCCGCCAGGAGAGCAGGGCUUUUCAUGUUUUGGCUCACACACACAGUGGUAGGUGCUCAACAGAUAUUUGUUGAAUGAGUGAACCCAGAGGGAUGCACACGGCAAGGCCUGUGGUCAGAGAGGGUGUCAGAAUUGCACGAGGGCCUGGGUGAAGCCCUGUGUGCAGGUGGCAGAGGUGGGGCCUCCUGCCUUGCUCUCCACCCUCGUCACCCUACUGCCCUCCCCCUGCACAGUGGGGUUUACUGUUCUGUACUGGACUAUAAGACAAGUCCUCUGGCCUCUUCCAGCUAGACGGUGGGUCCACAGCAGGAGGGAGGGGUCCAGCAGCUCCUGCAGCUUCUGGAGAUGAGGCCUGGGCCCAGCUCCCCAUGCAGGGCCACCCCGGCCAGCAGAGGGUCAACACGUGUAGGGGUGCCCUGUCCUGGGCUGGGGCACUUCCUGUAGAUUCUUGGGGCUGGGGUGAGGGGACGGGAAAAACCAGUCUGUCUGGUUGAGGUGGGGGAGGGCAGAAACCAAGGCGGCUCCCUGGGCAGCAAGGCCAGAAGGAACCAGAAAUUCCCACUGCUUAUGCAGCAGCUUUGUCUCUCAGGCUGCGCUUGCUGAUCUGGAAAUCAGGGCUGGGCAGGAGGGCGAGGCAGAGACCAGAGAGCCUGGAUGCCUGCGGGGCCUGCCCCCUCGGAGCCAGCGAAGUGUCCUCAUUUUUUAUACAUCACUAAGUAACUCUCAGUAGCCCAGGGUCCAGAGAACGACAGAUCUGGGUUCAAAUCCUGCCCUGCCCUUUCCCCACGGGUGGCCGUAGAUGACUCAUUUUCCUCUGAGCUCCUGUUUGGAAAAUGGGGAUAACACAUAAUACUGACUAAUGAGAGGGUUUGGGGAAGUCGGUGAAAUAAAGGGAAGGUGCUUACCUGCGGCCUGGCACACAGCUGGAGGGCGUUAUGUGGUUACUGUGGCCAAGCCCGUGAGUAAUACGCCAGCAAUUGAUAAGCGUACGUUAGCGUAAACCCAGAUCGAUCCUUUGUUGAUUUUUCAGUUCACCGCAUUUUCGAACUUCCUUUCAGAUAGUUGGAGCCAGGCAACACGGUGGCAUGGAGGCCUGCAAGGACCCUGCUUUAAGUGAGGAGAUAAUUGUCUGCCCCUGACGCUCAGUCCUCCCCUGGGAGGGUCCUGCGUCCUGCUUUGGGAGUGUCUGUCCUCCUUUGUAACAGUGACCCUCCCCCAGCCCUGGGGGCUCUUGCCCGCCGAUGUGUCUGUUUCAGGCAGGGCGUCCUAAGGUUGGGUGGUUGGGGGGCUGUGCUGAGACACCCGCACUCUGGGUCCUCAUGGGUCAGGGCUGUGCCCCCAGCGGUGUGACUGCCCUCAAGGCCCUGUUACCUGUCCCACCUUCCUCGCCUGCAAACUGGGCCCCAUGGGCCACCCAGCCUGUUGGUGGUGGCUAGAGGAGAGCAGUAGAGGCUAGAGGUAGGGCAGGGGAGGCUGGCAGGGUGCAGUGUGGGAUGGGCGUCCCUGGGGUCUCACCCCCCCACCCCGGAACGGGAGGAGGAGCAGGUGCAAAGAUCUGGAGAGAGGGGGGAGUGGGCGCUUUCCCGAGUCUCCCACUCCCACCCCCGGGUGGAGGGAGGCAGGGCUGGGAGCACAUUCACCGAUUCACCCCUGCGUCCUCUUGUGACACACAGCACCUGUCGGGGGCAGGGGUCUGACCUCUGUUUCCUGGAUAAGGAAACAGAGGCCAGUUACCUCUUGAGCAUGUGUUUAUCGAGCAGGUCUAUGCGCCAGGCACUGCCGGGCACUGGAGACACAGUGAUGACCAAAGAAGGAUUCCUCGGGGGCCUGCGUUCUAGCAGGCGGACUCGAGUUGCCCUGGUGAGCCGCACAGAGCGGGAAGGCACUUGCCUGGUGUCCCAUAGCCCAGGCAGGAUGAAAUCCCAGCUCCUGACUCCUAAGCCCAGGGCUCCACCUCUCACUUCCAGGUAGUGGGGAGAAAGGAAAGUCGUCACAGGGGCUGCUGGACGCCCGGCCUCAGCUAGGCUUAUUCCUGCCCUGACCCCACAGGUGUAGGGCGAUCGAUACAGAAACUUCCCUUUUGGUCCUUGGCAGGGGCGCUUCGGUGGGGUGCCUGGCAGGCACCCAUUCUGGCUGCUCUGGGGUGAGUGACAGCUCUCCCGUGUCUGGUCUAGGAGCUUGUGGCGGGGGGACUUUCUGUCCCCCAAACCAGCAGCAGAGGUGGGUUUCGCUCCUGAGCCACUUCCCUGUGAUCCAACUGAUGGUUGGCUCAUCCUUGAGACGGUGGCAAGGUCACUGGGAGCCUUGGUGUCACACACUGUCCAUGGGAAGAAGAGUGACAACUUUCUCUGUGUCUUCAUCAGCAAAGCAGCCUUUCUCCACAGCCCCCCAGUUGAUCCUCCCUCCCUCAGCGGCCAGUCCCGAGGCCUGCUGCCGGCCAGGGAUUCUGGAGAAUGCCCUUGUGGUGAAGGAGGACGUGCUGGCCUGUGGGGUCUCAGCCAGCAGGGAAGGGGCCAGGAGAGGCUUGGGGGAGGCUAGGAUGGCCACAAGUGAGGUACCACCCUGCCAAGUUCCGCACGAGGCCAUGAGGGGUUCAGCCAACCUACCCGUGUAAAAUUCCCUGCAGCACAGCGUCCCCAGCUGGAAUUGUUCGUUUAUGUAUACAAACCCCCAUGGGUCCUGAACCUAUGAGGUAGGUGUGCUCUUCAUACUCAUGUGACAGGUGAUGUGUCCAGAGCACAGAGUGGUUGUGAGCUUACCCAGUGUCACACAGCUGGUAAGGGGAGUGCGUUUUAAAUCAGGCAGUUGGCUCCGGAGGCCAUGCUGUCAGCCACUACACACACUACAGGGAUGUUGGGGCUCACCCUGCCACAUAGGAGUGGCGUGAUAGGUCCUUUUGCUUUUCUGAGGCCCAGUUUCACCUGUAAGGUGGGGAUGGUAACACCUGUAUUGAGGCGCAAUUAGGAGAGUCGGAGAAGCUGGGGGUGGAAGGGGCUUGGUAAGGCACCAGGCAGAGGUCACCGUACCUCUAAGUUCCUGACCAAGCUCGGGUCCUGUACUGGGUGCUGAGAUGCACCUAUGAAUGGGACAGUCAUUGUCUUGCCCGUGGGGAACUGGGCAAGCUUGGGACACCACCCCUCCGGGGCUGCAGGGGUCUCACCCUAGAGGCAGCAGGGUGGAAGGCACUGCUGCUGUGGCUUCCAGUCUGGGGAAGGAAAUAGAAUUACAGUCUUGGGUGGUGGGUGCCUGGGGGGCCAUGUGAGCACAGAAGAGAGUUCUGGAACCCAGACUGGAGGAGCAGGGAAGGUGCCCUGGAGCACAUAACAUUUCAGCUGAGAUCUGAAAGGAGUACGUUACCAGGCAAGGGCUUGGUAUGUAUUGGUAUGCAGUAGGAGCCAAAUAAAUUUUUCUUGGGCAAAUGAGAAAUGUGUCCUGCAGAGGGCGCCCCAUGGCAAAGGCCUGGAAGCCUCUGGUCUGUGGCCUCCAGCCUGAGCGCUGGGGGCUCUGGGAGACGCUGGCCCUGUCUCGCUCCCUCCAGGUGCUGGGGCUGCUGGUGUGGGCCCUGAUUGCCGACACCUCGUACCACCUGUACCCGGCCUAUGGCUGGGUGAUGUUUGUCGCUGUCUUCCUCUGGCUGGUGACAAUCGUCUUCUUCAUCCUCUACCUGUUUCAGCUGCACAUGAAGCUAUACAUGGUGCCUUGGCCGCUGGUGUUAAUGAUAUUUAAUGUGGGCGCCACCGUUCUCUACAUCACGGCCUUCAUCACCUGCUCUGCUUCGGUUGAACUGACGUCCCUGAAGGGCACCCGGCAGUACAACCAGCGUGCAGCUGCCUCCUUCUUUUCGUGUUUAGUGAUGAUUGCCUAUGGAGUGAGCGCUUUCUUCAGCUUCCAGGCCUGGCGAGGAGUAGGCAGCAAUGCAGCCACCAGUCAGAUGGCUGGCGGCUAUGCCUAAACCAUUGGUGCCAUGGGCCACCCUGGGCCUGAAGGCUGUAGCCUGGUCCCUGUGCAGGUGGCCCCGCAAGCCCGAAGCCUGAGCCCUGCAUGGAGUCAGCCCGGAAGGGACUACACUUGCUCUUCUCUGCUCAUCAGACUCCUUGGGCUCACCCCACACUCCCAAGGAAUCAGGAUCCUUCCUCUGGCAGGCGCAUGGGCUGGAAGAGAGGCCAACAGCCAAGACCUCUCCAUCCUCCAUAUUCAGCAGAAGGUGAUGGGGGAUACAGGACUCUCUCUGCUUUGUCUUUAGGACUUCGGUGUCCAAGGCUGGGAGCCAGCCUUCUCAUUGGCACUAAAUACACUAACAAUGACUCCAGACUUGCAGCCCACCAUAGAAUAUGCCUAACAAGCAGCAAUUAUUUAUCUCUGUUUUUGUUCUGGGAAGCUGAGCAAAUUCAUGAAACCGUUCUGAUUCCUUAAAACAUAAUCCUGGCCUGACCCUCCGCCAAGCUAGCACGUCACUUGUAGGGAAACAUGUCGAAAGAGGAUUAUGAUGCUGACAGCAUGGUCUUCCUUUCCUACAUUUCAGACAUACCAUUUAUUUUAAACAAAUCCGUUUUAAGUGACUUCUCAAUGAUGAAAAGCUUAUCCAGGUUUCCCUCCCUUUCCCAAGCCUUGUUUGUAGUUUUCCCUUUGGGAAAAGCUAACAUCAAUGCCGACUGCCUCCUUGACACUGUUAAUCAGGCACCUGGGACAUGAGGGAGGGAGGGAGGUAAAGCAAGGCCUUGCUAGUGAGUUGUCCUGUGCUUGGUGGUGACUUUGUUGUUUUUGUUUUUUUACAAAAAUAAAGAUGA